GUUUGCCCAUUCAAUCACCUCCCACCCGCCUUCCUUUCCUCCCUCCCUCCUUCCUUUCCAGUUUCUACCCCAAGUUCACAGAAGAAAGCAAAGCUUUCCCAAAUUCCUACCUGCAGCUGCAUCAUCACAUACCAGGCUGGGAAUCGAUGUUCCGAACGUUAGCGAGACUGCGGCGGAACAUAAAGAAGAGCCCUAGAGUUGCCGACGAGAGCAUGUUUGGAGGAGGAGGGGUGGUGAUGAUGAAUAGAGCUGGUGGUGGUGGCGAUCAUCGUCAACAAGCCCCAACUGAUCACUCGUCGAACAAGCUCUCCGCGGUGAUGGGUCUCGUCCUCCUCGCGCCCUUUUCGGUCUUUGCCUGCCUAUCGCAGCCUCAUGUCAGCGGGGCUGACGGGAUGUGGGCAUCGGCGGAGCUACCACAGCUCUCGGAGGUGAACCAUCUCAUGGUGAAUGAUAGCAUGAGGUAUGCGAUACUUAUGUAGUAAAGGAGUGCUAUAAAUUAUUGAUUAGGGCUUAUGGACGGCAGAGGAGCUGCUAGGAGGGGUUUCAUGGAACAUUUUUGUUCUCUUGGGGGUUGUUUUUAUUUUGGAGAAUGAGGGGUGCUCGAUCGAUCUAUGUAUACUUCCUUUUGUUCAUGGUUUCUUGGGAGGAAUCGAAACUUCCUUUUUUUUGUACUAUUGGGAUUGGCCUAGCUUGUAAUCAAAAGGGUUUCCCUUGUGAUCUCCAACAUAUAUGUGUAUGGGCGUGCCGACGACUAUGAUUUACAUAAUCAUGUAAUUAGUGGAUGGUUAAGUAGAGUGGAGAAGUGGAAAUUUUCAUCAACUAAAUAUUGUCCAUGAUGAUCAACCAUUUUUGACUUGCAGGUUGUAGUUCAUCAAUCAAGCAAAACCCUAAUU